AUGAAAAGCAAUCUACCAGUCCUCCCUGAACGGAGGCUCUUCCUCGCAAUAUCUGCCAUCGCACUCAUCGGCGCCGGCCUCCUUCUAUUCACCUUCAUCGGCCCCGAUAACACUCGGUUCUUCUGCAACCAGCCCACCUCCGAUAACUUCCAUCCCAUGACGGCUCCGAUGCAACUCAAAGCCAUCCUCCACUACGCCACUUCUCGAAUCGUCCCUCAACAAUCCUUCUCCGAAAUCACCGUCUCCUUCGACGUUCUCCGAUCGAUUUCCCCUUGUAAUUUCCUCGUUUUUGGGCUCGGUCAUGAUUCAUUGAUGUGGGCAUCGUUUAACACCGGUGGAAAAACUCUUUUCCUUGAAGAAGAUCCGACGUGGGUUCAGACUGUUCUUAAAGACGCUCCAGAUCUCAACGCCGCCGUCGUUAAGUACCGGACAAAGCUCUCCGAGGCCGACGAGCUUAUGAAUACGUAUCGAUCGGAACCGGAAUGUUCUCCAUCCAAAUCUUACAUCCAGGGAAACACCAGAUGCAGGUUAGCACUCACAAGUUUGCCUGAGGAGGUGUACAAUAAGGAGUGGGACAUGAUAAUGAUAGAUGCGCCGAGGGGUUACUUUGCGGAGGCGCCGGGGAGGAUGGCUGCGAUUUACUCCGCCACUGUGAUGGCGAGGAACAGGAAAAAAUCCGGCGUGACGCACGUGUUUUUACACGAUGUUAAUCGGAAGGUGGAGAAAGCUUAUGCGAAUGAGUUCUUGUGUAAGAAGUACCUAAAGCAUGCUGUUGGACGAUUGUGGCAUUUCGAGAUACCACCGGCCAGUAACAUCACCGGCGGGAACGAUGGUGCUUGGUUUUGCUAG